AUGAAGACAUCUGGUAGAAGACUCAACGCAUUGGUGUCGUUUACAUUCAGCCCCACAGUCAUCCUUCUUCUGUCUGUGUUUCUGUUUUCGUUCUUUGUGACAAAAGCGCCACCUGCGUCUGAUCUGAGAAUAAGGGAGUACAAGGCAUAUGGAAGAACGCAGGUUGUAUUAUUUGAGCCAAGCAUCGAUCUUUCGAACCAAUUCCAUUUUAACCUGAAGCAGAUAUUUGUGUAUGUAAGGGCUGUUUAUGGCGGGAAGGCAGACAAGUCGGAGAUCAUUUGGAGCAGAAUUAUUGGAUGUGACGACCCCAAGAAGCUUGUGGGUGUGUUCAGGAGCACGUAUGACAUUGUGGGGGACCUCUCUGACAGCCCCUGCUUUGAGCUCCGCGGAUGCUAUUUCCCACGUGUCGGCUGGAUUAGAGACGUUCUCUUCUGCAAGACAGAUGUCAGGAUCUAA